ACACAGCGGAAGAAACUUGUCACGCUUGUGCUGGGUUUUGUUUUUGUUUCUGGGGGUCGUGGGGCAACCCUGAGUAGCAGGACUUGACUGUCAGUGUUUCGUAAUUUAUUCUUGUAAUUGGUGUACCAGAUAAAGCGGUCCAGACUGACAAGUGAAGGCGGUUUAAAGGUACAAAGUAGUGCCUUUGUUUUUGUUGCCAUGGAAACAUCUGAGAAGGUGGAGUUUAGAAACGUGGGCUGCACUUACUUCCCUCAAAGCAGAGUGGAUUGUCACUACACACUAAGCUCACUACACAACUGGGCCAGUAAUGACUGGAUAGGACUCUUUAAGGUGGGAUGGUCGUCAGUGAAGGACUACCACACGUUUGUUUGGGCACUAGCCCCGGCUGACGAUGAGGAGGGCACAGAGGCCAACUGCUGUGUUCAGUUCCAUGCUUCCUACCUUCCUAAGCCCAGUGCCCAAGAGUAUGAAUUUGUGUACAUCAACACCAAAGGGGAAAUUUGCUCUCGCAGCUCUAAAUUCACAUUCUGCGCACCAAAGCCUCUGGAGGAUCUGGUGACCCUUGAGGAGGAGCCACAUGAGGAGGAAGGCACAGAUAUGUUGCUUGUCAUACCCAGGGCUGAAUUGUUGCAGAGCCGACUGCAGGAAUGCCUGCAGGAGCGAACUGAGCUGCUGCAGAUUCAGGAGGCGACAAGCAGGCAAAAGGAGAAAGAGAGGGCAGAUUUCAACAGGGCACAGGAGGCCUGGGGCAGAUUACGCAAAGACCUUGAGAACGACAUCAGCAGGCUGCAGGAAGAGCUGAAGAGAAGCCAGGAGAGCAUUGAGGAGAUGGAGAGGAAGCAGGAGGAGGAAAUGGCUUUGGGAAAAUGUCUUACACAAGAGAAAAGUGCUUUAUUGGAAGAGAAAGAGGCCAACCAAGUGCGAAUUAGAGAGCUGGAGGAGGACAUGAAAACUCUGAUGCACAGAGCUGUGGAACGAGAGACAGAGCUGGAAAGGAUGAAGGAAAGAGCAAGAAAGGCCACAGCUCUGCAGAAAGAAGAGGAGAGUGACAGAAAGAUACUGCAGACCAUGUUGGAACAGACUGAGAGCGACCUCCGAAGUUUGUCCAAGGAGUUCCAGGGCCUGAGGAACUCACUGGCCCAAAGAGACACCUGUGUGCUGCAGCUCCAGAACACCAUCAACACCCUGACGCAGAAACUCACCACAGCCCACAGAAAAGAGGCAUUGAACGAGGCAACGCUCAAGGAGAUGAAGAGCCUGCAGGAGCGUCUGGACGUGAGUGAGCGUACCAUGGACGGCCUGAAGAACGAUCUAAGCACCACUGUAGCCCAGAGAGAUCGUGGGCAGGCCGAACUACAUCAGGCCCGCCUUCAGGCCGCCCAACUUACCCUCCAGCUUGCAGAUUCCAGUUUGGCACUGAGAGAGAGCAGAGCACAGUGGGCUCAGGAGAGGCAAAGUCUGCAGGGCAUCACCAUGAAGGACCACGAGCAUCUAGAGAAACUUACUGUCGAGAUGCAGACGAUGGAGGAGAGGCUGCAGGAGGAGAAGAUGGAGAGAGUGAAGUUGGAAGUAGAGCUUGGGAGAGAAAAGGAUUGUAACCGGAUCCAGCUGAGUGAAACCUACAGGGAGCUCCAGGAGCUGAAGACCAGCUUGAGGGUUGCCCAGAAAGAGAAGGAGCACCUGCUUUCCGAGAAAAAAGAGUUGAUGGAGUACAUCUGUCAGUUGGAGCAGAAGACUGAAACAGCAGCCAGUGCCAAGUGGAGCGCUUCCCCCACUGCUCCCACAGCCUGUACUAGACCUGAUGACGCCUAUUCGGACAUGUCAGAUGUGUCUGAGGAUGACGACCCAGAGGCCCUGCAGCCUCUUCGUCCAACGAGACCUCUGGGAAACUACAGCCUGUGUGAGCAAGGACCGCCAAGCCUCUUUCUCCUCACUACUACUCCGUCAUCUACCCGGGAGAUGGAAAGGAGCACGGUGGUUAUCAGCCAGCCGGCCCCUCUCUCCUCACCACGGCAGCCUGGGACCGACACGCUGGCACACAGCUCUGAUUCAGAGGAAGAAACUGAUUCACUUCAAUGUGGAAGAAGGCACAGCUCUGGAGAGGAAAUGGCACUUUUGCUUCCUGAUCACGCAGACACAGUGCUAAGUGAUCUGGCUGACACAUCACUAUGGUAACCGGCAGAGUGGAUGUCCCGCACGUGAGAUGAUGGGAUCCUUUUUCUUAGCGUGCUUCUACUUUUUCCCCACAGACUACAUGUUGAUAUGCAAUGUUCUUCUCCCCUUCUGAACUGUUGCUCUUUUGUUGUUCCUAGUAACAAAAAAGUCAACUCCAUGUUUAUGACAGACAUAAGACGUUGGUCCAGUUGGACAGAGCGGGCGUUUAGGUUUGGGUUCACUGUCUGUAGCCGAAUGAUUCGUGUUGAAUCAUUGCGACGUCGAGAGCUUUACGGCGGAUGUUAUGUCGUUUUUAUGACAUUUGUGAUUAGGAGUCGUGACAGGCACCAUAAUUAUGAUGUUUUGUGCAGGGCCGGGCCCCACUGAAAAUCAUGGCGAAGCUCCCUUGCAAGCAUUAAAUUCUCCCCAUCUCAGCUUUGAAUGCGAUUCACGACAACAUAAAGCAUUGAUACAGCGCCGUGCGAGAAUUAUUAUUUUGCAGUAAGGCAGUGCUGUGAUGUUAUAUUGCUCCUCCAUUUACUUCUGGACUAAGAUUUGAAAUGCACUUUCCUCGACACGUUAGCAGUUGAUGAGCGCGCAGUAAAAAUUUAGAGAUGCCGAAGCGCUCUCAGAUGUUUUUUGCAAUAGAACGCUUGUUGAGCAGAUUGAAACGGACAGAAACUUUAUAUAUUCAUAUUAUUAUUCUAACUUACAUGCGUCUUAGUUUUCAUUUUAGUUCAGAUAGAUUUUGACUACGAACAUUUAUUUGGGGCUCACAGGAAUAUUUUUCAUACAUAUUUCGCCCCUCCGUUCACAUUCACACCGCUCUAAAUUUGUGCCUAAAUAAUUAAAGCGUUAUAUUAUGAAAGAAAAUCAUCUUUAUACGUAGGUGCUGACAUUCAUGACAUGCUGUCAGUGUGAUCCCUAAGGCUUGGGGCAAGAUACCGCCUGGUUAAGAAAUGCUGCCUACCUAACUUUUCAUGAAUACUGUAUUCACUUUGUACAUUUUGUAUUUCUAAUUAACUCCAGUUGGGCUGCAUUUAAGCUCCAUUCAGGUCAACUAAGACGGCUAAGAAACUUUUAUGCAUAUGAGUUUGCUGAAUUUGCACCCUGUUUUUACUAGAGAAGAGAUUUUAUGAUGAAAACAAUGAAUUGGAAUGGGCGGAAUAGCGGAUUCAAUGAUUGUUGAGAAUUCAGUCAAUUGUGUGGAAUUGAUUGUUGAUUAAUUGUCAUAAAGUAGUUGAGCCAAAAUUGAGUGCACUACUUUGCUGCCACCAACAGAGGCGCUGCUAAGUAGUGACAAUGAUUUUGCUUUGUAAAGCAGUACAGCAUGACGACAGCUAAGGGAAGUCAUGACUCCUCCAGGCAGCAUUCAUCUGCUUAAUACGACUAUGGCGUUCAAAACAUGCAGAGAGAGAUUUGCUCGUCCACUUGAAAAUGGCUUUAAAAACAACAACUGCAAUUAAACGAUUUAAUGAUUUGAAUUGAAUUAUUUUUGCCUGCAGUUGACCAAGGAAUUAUUGUCAAAUGCCCAUCCUGAAUAUGGCUACUUCAUCUUUUCAUCACAAUAUCUUAAUCAUUGCAUAUUGUGUGUCGUGUUUAUGCAUAUACUGUGUCAUUUGUUUUUCUUUAACUUUGGUAAGAUUUUCUAUUUACAGCAUUUUAUUUUAAUGAAAGGGAAGACUCCUGGUUUAUUGAGAUGAAGCUGGAAGGGAAAAUGGAUUAAUGCUGUGCAAAAGAAAUGGAUUUUAAUGUUUAAUCAGCUUCUGUGGGAUUAUUGAAUUUGUCAUAACUGGGGAGUUUGAUCAGGUUUAAUAGGCCAAUCUCUCAUUUUCAGUGUGUUUUUCUGGUGUUCACCCUUCACGUUGGAAAUGGUUUUUAGAAGUACACUACAUUUACCCUCUCUAGUCCUUGUUUGUGGUUGUAAUACGACUUUUGAGGUCAUUUUCCUCCGUCACAUGCAAUAAAGCUGCAGUUAGUUAUGGUUUGUUUUUGAAUGUUCUGUGUGUGAUGUUUAUCCCUGCGCCGUGUAUUUUCUUUCUAUCGGCCAUGUAACAGGUUUUGGGCUGCGGUUCUUGUAUAAUAAAAUGGUUUAUGUAUCCAUUA